AACUUAUCAACCUACUAUCGGUGCCUACUUAUCAUCGAUAGACCGGUGAUUGGUCGCGUGAAGUGUUUGCGAUAUCGACGGGGACCAAUCGAUUCCCUGAUCCACAAAAUCUUAUCAGAGUUGCCGUGGACAUUCACUCCUCGUGUCGAUUCCCUGAUAUGAUAUUAGAGAUAUAAUCGAAACUAUAAAUAUGGGACCAUCGAUCGAUCGGGUCUCUAUCGGAGUGUGAGUCGUGAUUAGAAUAGACUGUGGCCUUCUGGUGAUUGUGGAUCCUGUUCAGGAGUAGCUGGUAAAAUUGUACAGUGAUGUGGUAUUGGUGGUAUCUUAUCAGACUUUUUUGAUGAUGCAGGUUAAAUACGUAGUAACAAAGCUUCCUAGUUAAUUAAGCUAUUUUGUAGAGUGAUUAUUACAAUUUUAAUUUAUCAAAAAGUAGAUAUUUCAUUCAAUUUGUGCAUAUUCGUACAUGGACAAGAGAAUAGUCUGCUUUACUUUUGUGUGGUAAUAAUAACGUAAUUUUUACAGCUGAAUAAAAUCGUUCAACAUUAUUACAUAAUGACAUAUGGUAGCUUUGUUUCACACACAUGUGUUCAAUUCCAUGUGAGGCGCAGGCUUGACUUCAUCUAAUUAUCCUCCUGUUACUAAUUUUAAUACUACAAAAUACAUUCAUAAAACAGCCAUGUCGAAUAGCUGACGUGAUAGGGAAAAAGCGGUGCUCUUAUCAGAGAGCGUUAGCCGCACCUUUUUGAGCGGUGAUAGCGCGCCCCGCGGUGCCGUAUCGGGCGCACUUCGAUUGUCACACUGAACAAACACGCGCCAGUUAUAAUUCAUAUCGUAUAAUAUUACUGUCUUUUACAGAGAGCUGUGGAGGCGACGACACGCAAGGCUCCACGUCUGAGUUGGACAGGGGAUCUAGACAGUUCGCAGCAUACUUCUGCCAGAUCUAACUUUCCAGCUCACGCGUGGAGCCAACCCACGGACGCGCCACGCCACCAUCGCCAGACGACAACCACCGCCAAUCAACACACGCCAUCAUCGCUCACGUGACGCUACUUCAUCUAGACGCAUGAAGGGUUAAGUGGAGGUGUGAUCUCUUCACUUUUUUACAUUAAAGUGAGAUUCAACUCCUCCAACUUAAUCCGGAUUCGCACAUUCGUCGAAAAUUGGAACAUUGGAGCCAUCGUCAGCGUUUUUAUUAACAACUUGUAUGACUUAUUAUAAUGUUGUAUGCCUGUAUUUUUUUAUGAAAUAAAAAUAUUUAAUUUCAUUUGUUAUUUUUUAUUUAACAUGCUUUUUAUAUGCUUUAUAAUAUUUGUAUAUUUGAUAUCUCAGUAGUUAAUGCAGGUAAGGAUGAAGAAUAGAGUUAUUGAUGAUAAUGAUAAAUCAUUUAAAUAAUAAAAUAAUACACCUUUAGGUAAGGAAAAGAAAACACAAUACAUUGCAAUGCAAUGAGAAGGAAAAGUCUAGUCAUUUAUUUGAAAAGCAUUGCAGUCUUAAAUUAAAUGUUGGCGCCACUGUCGCUACUAUCGCGCAUGCGAGUAUUCAGGAAGACCCAAAGUAGUACGAACCAGUGUGAAGUGCAUCACAAAUCACAAGAAAAAAAAUCACAGCACCCAAAACAAAAAAUGGGCAAAAAAAUGUUGGUAACACCGGUGCGCUAAAAAAGCUUGCAAACUUCACGCACCUAACCUGCGCUGGACAUCGACUCGGGUAUCUCUAAACUCUGGGAAAAUGUAUAUUGAUUUUUCAAAGAAAAGUCAACCGAUGUAACAAAACACCGUUCGUGGAGUGUUUAUACGCGUAUAGAAGUGACGGUGUGGACGCGGUGCGUGGUCGUGAUGUCGCGACGGUGCCUUUCGUCGCGCCCCGAGUGAGAUCGAAGUGAGAGCGCGUCUCUCGUGUGGGCCGCCAGGCCAGCCUGGGGCCGCGAUGGACGCUGCCGGCGAGCCGCUGCGCCAGGCCCUGCCAUCCAUAGUGCCUCCCCCUGACCCGCGCGAGCUCGCAUCCCGGGCCCACAGUGUCGUCCAGUGUCUCUGAUGUCACUCAGCCCUUAAUCAGUUUACAAACAUGUCUUAUUGUGAAUUGUUCAGUGAUACUGUCAACUUUGAGGUUAGGUUGUGAAUUAGUUCCACAGUUUUCUCUACAGAGUGACUGUUCACAUCUAGCAAGGAUGAGAAAUGUUCUUUGUGGUGGAUUUACAAUGUUUUUGUGCAGAACCAAGUGUAAUGUUGAGAUGCAGGGUGCUUUCUCUGUGACUUGUGUUGUGAGUGGACAAAAAGUAGUGAUUACAUGUUGAAUAUUCAUUGAAGUUUCAGUUGGUUGUGGCGGUGAUUACAGUGAUUAGUAGUGAGUGUGUGUGUUUGUAUGUCUCAUGGAUUGCUGGUGUUGAUGUGACGGAGACACAACAUGCUGAGGUCAGACGCCGGCGACAAGCCGAAGGCGGCGGAACCCCAAGACGACGGCUACGAGACGUCCAACAGCGGCGAGCGGCCCAAGCCGCCGAGCGAGCGCGGGACGCCCCCGCCCGCGCCCCCUGAGCCGCCCGAGCACCACUACGAGCAUCCAGGGCAUCAUGAGCACCACGAGAUGUUGCCGCAGCAUGAGCACCCGCAGCAGAUGCAGCAGCAGCAGCAGCAGCAGCAGCAGGUGUACCCCCAAUACAGACCUUACGAGCCGCCACAGCACGAGCAGCCGCCUCAAGACCACGAGCCCUACCACCACUUCCCCUUCCCCAAAUACGGAGCACCAGAACAAUACUUCAAGAGAGAAAACGAUGCUCCUUACGACAUGUCGCAACAGCACUACGCUCCCAAACGCGAUGAUGACCCGCUAUACAACGGCAUCAAACGGGAGUGCGAAGACCCUUACUCGUUUGUCGAGGAGGAGGCGAUGUGUGCGAUGCUGGGAGGUCCCCAGGGUCAGAUGCCUCCGCAUCUUCAUCAUCAGCAGCACCACGAUGCGCAUCAGCACCACCAGAUGAUGCACGCGCAGCAAAUGAUGUUGAAUCAGCCGAAGAAGAGGGGGAGGAAGAAGAAGAUUAAGGAUGAGAAUGGCAUGGAGAUCAAAGUGGAGCCCGGCAUGGAAGGAGCCUUAGUCCCUCGCGUGGUCAAGGAGAGGAAGAAGCACGACCGGUUCAACGGCAUGAGCGAGGAGGAGGUGUCUCGGCGCACCCUGCCCGACCAUCUGCAGGAGAACCUGGAUAUCAUCAUUAUCGGCAUAAACCCUGGUCUCUUCGCGGCGUACAAGGGCCACCACUACGCCGGGCCGGGCAACCACUUCUGGAAGUGUCUGUACCUGUCCGGCCUCACGCGGGAGCAGAUGAGCGCUGAUGAGGAUUAUAAGCUGCUAAACUUCGGCAUAGGCUUCACGAACAUGGUGGCGCGCGCCACCAAGGGUUCCGCAGACUUAACCAGACGGGAAAUAAAGGAGGGUUCCGCGAUCCUGCUCGAGAAGCUACAGACGUUCCGGCCUAAAGUCGCCGUGUUUAAUGGCAAGCUGAUAUAUGAGGUGUUCUCGGGGAAGAAGGACUUCUGUUUUGGAAAGCAACCGGAUACGAUCACUGGGACUAAUACUUACAUGUGGGUAAUGCCGUCCUCCUCGGCUCGCUGCGCCCAACUUCCCCGAGCAGCAGACAAGGUGCCCUUCUACGCAGCCCUCAAGAAGUUCCGAGACUAUCUGAAUGGACUAGUCGCUCAUAUUGAGGAGUCGGAGCUGGUGUUCCCGGACACGACUAGCCGACGGCCGCAGGAUGAGCUGGAGAUACGGAGGCUGACCCAGGAGCCGGAGCCGGGCGAGACCAUGAUCCUCGAGGACGGCACCGAGGUGCCGCUGAAGAAGAAGAGGGGGCGGCCCAAGAAGGUGAAGCUGGAGAACGGGGCGGUGCCGCCCGCGCCGCGCCCGCGCCCGCCCCGACCAGCGCCUCUGGCUGAUGGGGAGCAGCCCCCAAAAAAGAAGCGCGGUCGUCCCAAGAAGGUCCGUCCCGAGGACCAGCAGUUCCUCAUGCAGCAGCAGCAGCCGCUGGAGCAGCCGUACCUGCACCACCAGCUCAUGCCGCACGGGCAGGCGGAGAACGUGCAACAGGAGCAGUCUUCGUUCGGCGCGGGGCUGGGCGGCGCGGAGCUGGGCGGGGGCGGCAUGAUGUACGACGCGCCCGCCGGCGACGCCAACACAUAUUAUCAGCAGCAGAAUGCCGGAAACAGCAUGGACGGUUCACUGGGCUACGCGCGCCAGACGCCCGUGCCGGCGUCGAACCCGGCACCGUCGUACAUCGAGCCGAGAGCCGUCUACUCACCCGCGCAGCCCAGACAUGCACAAUUCGCACACAGCCCGGCCGGGGCGGGCGCGGGCGCGGGGGCGUCUACGCCCACUUACUCGCCCAGGCCAGCCGGCACGCCGCAACCACAGUUCCCGCAAUCGCCAGCGGCCUUCUCCCAGCCGUCGCCGCCGCGCUACGCCCCCGCCGGCGCCGCGCCCCCCUACCCCCCGCAGUACCCCCCGGCGCCCUUCCACCACCCGCACUACGACUCUAGGGAGCCCGCGCCACAGCCACUCCGACCGUUCUCGCGCUCGCCCGGCCCCGCGCCGUUCCCGGCCGCGUCGCCCGCCGCCAACUCGUUCACGAUGUCGCCCGCAGCUCGCAGCUACUCCGCCUCGCCCGCCUACUCGACGCACAGCUCGCCCGCGCCUCGCACCCCGCACUACGCCGCCGCGCAGACAACCCCAACCCCAGCCGCGCCGGGCGCCGGCAACCUCUGCGGCGAGCUAUCAGCGGACAUGGACUCACGCUCCCCGCCCUGCGCACUGGACUUCUCCCCGCCCUCGCCCGCCGACCAGCAGGAGAACCAGACGUCAUCAGUAGGCAGCGAGAUGUCGGUGGGCGGGUCGUGCGCGCCGCCCGCCCCCGCGCGCCCCUUCGACGCGCCCUACCGCCGCCACGGGCGCCUGGACAGCCCCCGAGACCACUACCAGGACCAAGGUCAAGUGGCAGGCAGCCCGCAGUUAGACCAGAUGCACCAACACCAGCAUCCUUCCAUGUACGGAAAUAAUUUCAACAGAUCGACCCCCGAGAGCUCAGGCGGUGGCGCCACGCCCUCCGGAGUAGGGUCCCCGUUCAGCGCGCACGCGUUCAGACCGCCUGAUGCGCAUCCUGGUUCACCAGGCGGCGAAUACCAGCAACAACCCAAACCGAAACCUCAAGACGUAGCGUCCAAGUCUCUCUCGGGUCUCGAAUCCCUAGUGGACCAGAUCCCGUCGAUAGCGGAUGGGGGCGGCAACGCGGCGGGCGGGAGCGCGCAGCCGGGGGCGGAGCCGGUUGCCGCCCCCCCGCCAGCGUUGGCUGAGUACCCGCCGUCGAUAUACGGCCCGUACGGCGCGUAUGGGGGCGCGGCUGCCGCGGCGUAUGGGAAUAAUGGAUACGGCGCCCCGUUCGUGGGCUACGGCGGCGGCUGGGGCGGGCAGCUGAUGCGGCCCACGCCCGGCUACCUGUCCGACUGGCAGUACGGGUAUGGAGCUGGAGUAGCCCCAGGCUACGCCCCCUACAACACGCCCUACUACAACGGCUACGCGGGCCCGCCGCCCGCCCACCACCAGCAGUACCUGGGCGCGCCGCCCCUCCUCGACCUACACAAGCAAGAGGGUGGCGUGCCGGCCGUGCCCUCCGUGCCCAGUGUCGGCUUCCCCGGCUUCUGUUAGCCCAGUGCCAGCCCGCCCCGGACGGACGGGGAGUAACCGGGCACGAGGAUUGGUGAGGUAAAUGGAUUGUGAGUGGUGAUGAUGAAUCUCUGUGCUAGUUACCCUGGUGGAAUGAUAAAAAUGUGAGGGGAAAACUGUGUUUUUAAUGGGGAGGAUGAGGAUUGUGGUGUGAAAAAUACUGUGGACAGUUUAUAUUUUUAAUUAAUUGCCUAGUUAAGUACAUCUCUAAAUAUAGUAUUUCUAUAGUUUCCUAUAAUGUAAGUAGGUGAAUUCGACUGUGUGGAGUCGCGAAGCAAUGUAGUCUGUAAAUCGUGUUUCAAACUGAUCUAUGAGCUUAAUUUGUAGAUGUUUAUUUGUAAAUAUUGUAUUGUUUACUUUGUCCAUCACAUGAUUAAUUUAGUAAUCGAUUGAUUUUGUUUUUUAUACAUCACGCGGUUUUGUUGUUGUUGUCGGAAUGUGUUAAAGGAGUAGCGCGGGAGGCGGGUUCGCUUAUAUCGUACUUAAUUUUUUAUAUUUUUUUCGGUUUGAUCUGUGAUCGCGUAGUCUAUGGCCAUGGAUAUUGCCAUAUCUAAAAAAACAAAAUGGCUCCGAGAUUGGUUGGAUUUUGAUCUGUUUUCUGGAAACGGAAAUGAACUAAAUUAGUGAAUGAAAUAGUGAAAAUAAAAUUAUGUGAUAGGGAAUGCCGUUUUCUUUCGAAAAUGGUGGUUAUGUAAAUUAUGAAUUGGGCUCGGAUGGUCCGUUUUUGAGUCUUGCCAAUGGAGUUGUUUAGUUCUAGUCACUACAAUGUCGGCUAGUCAAUGUCUCGAGCUGCUGCGCCCCGCCUCCCGAACUAUAAACUAACACACUGAACUAUUUUUGUAUGUACUUAUUUAAAACAUGCUGUCUUUUUACGGAGCUAUGUUUUUUAUGUACUUAUUGCUAUUACUUUUACUGAUUUUUGUCAAAUCAAACUUAAUGAAUUCAAGUUUUUGUUUUGCUAUAGUAUACUUAUUUACAAGUUAUACAUACCUUACCUACAUAUCCUAUGUAAUUAAUUAUCGAAUUGUUUUCGCCGGUGUGCAAGUAUAUGAGUUGUUGUUUAUUGACAAAAGUCAGUGGGAUUCUAGCCUAUUCUGCCAUCUGCAAUGUGCAUUUUACUUAAUGUUACCCGACCAGUUACAUGAACGUUUAUACAAUAAGUGCCCAAUUCGUCGCGAGGGGUAUUUUUAAUUUACCAUUAUAACCAUAUUAGGUACGGCUCGAAUAUCGACCAUGAAUAUUGAACAUCAAACUAAAACACACUUAAUUUCAUGAGGUGUAGUGUGUUUUUGAUUGCGUGUUGCGUGAUUAGUGAAUCUUGUUUUUUGUGACGUUUUAUAUCUCAGUGCACCGUGUCUGUUUUGUUGGCAAACUUGAAAAAUUUAAAGUCAUACGUUUGUAUUUUUUUAUGUUUCGCACUCGCUGUGGAAUAAGCCGAGAGUAACAAAAUGUCCUUAAAUUGAAGGGGAACGGGGGGGUUUAGAAAGAAAACUUGUACAAAAACCAUUUUAAACUUAGUAAAUCCUUUUCUUUGCACAAAUAAGGGAAAAAAUCUUAAAUGUAAGUGAAAAAAACGAAAAUAACAUACGUAAGAAAGACAUAUACGUUAAAUAAAAUAGGUUUAUGUGAAAGAAUUUAUAAAUAAUAUGGUGUGUGAUGUUAGGCCGUAUCGGUGGCCACGACUCGUGCUCAAUCUUACGAUAAUCGCUCUUAGCGCCCUGGGAUAGUGGCUAUAAUCGAUCGUAGCCUAGUCGCCGAUGCGUCACUGUUUCGGGGCGUAAAUUUUAUUUAUUUUUGAUUCAGAAAAAUGAGUUUCAAAAUGAAAUCAACAGGGUAUUUAAGAUUGCUUAAGAUUUAUUAUUUUAUAUUUAUUUUUGAUUAUAUUUUGGUGUGCGUUCGCGCUUCGUGUUACUAGAGUUAUGUACUUACUUAUUUUUUUUAGUUUAUAAUUAAUUUGUCUGAACAAUCGGUCGCCAUUGUGUUUUUCUAAAACUACGAAACUAAUCUCGCGUAAAUACCACAGUUACCAAUCCUACAUAUGAUUUAUUAUGAAUUUUCGAAAACCGCUUAGGAAAAUAGCGAGAGUUGGGUCUCAAAUAUACGCAUUGAAACUUAUUUUAUUAGUUUAAACUGCGUCACUGCCUAAAACCUAGUUCGGUGCUUAUAUUUGAUUCAAAACACAGUAUUAGAUAACUAAAUUAGCUAGUCAACUACUGAAACCAGUAAAUGCAAUGGCUAACCAAGUUCAGAUGUUACAGUCAGCAAAAAAAACUUCACCAUGAUAUUUUUUUGUCGAUUUUUUGCGCUCGAUACUUAUAACUUUUUUUACCGUCGCUUUUUUGUAUAUAAAACUCGCGAGUGCUUAAGUACGCUUUUUGAUAGGUAUUUUAUAUUUUCCAUCAAAUGUUUUUUGUACAAUAUUAUUAUUGUGUGUACAGUUAGCAGAAUCUGGUUAAAACAUGUUUCUAUUUUGCGGAAUAAGUGGCAGUGAUCAGAGUUUAAGCUGGGACUUAGUUACUUAAUUAAAUGAAAAUUAUCAUACCUAUGUACUUGAAUAAGUUUAUUUACCUUGAUGGAUUUCAUUUAUAUUUUUUUGGGCUGUGCACCAAUAAUUAUAAAUAUUUAAUAUGUAUUAGCUCCUUUUACCUUAUUAAUAAUAUUUCUAAAUGAAUUGAGUACUUAUGAUAUAGUUUUUGUUAAAAUCAUUUUGUUAAUCCAAUGUGUUAUACUAAAAAUACUUUUUAUGUACCUUCUAUGUGUACGUAACUUUGAUAUCGACUGAAAUAAUGUAGUAUUAAUUCUCGAAUAACAACGAUAUGAGGGUAGUUUUAAAGCAAUAUUAAUAUUUAGUGAACGGGUGAAUGAUCAGUGUCACUUAUUUUGUGUAAAUUAUACAAAUGGUGUCAACCAUUUAUGUUUAAAUAUUAAAUCUCAUGCAAUGUACAUAAAAAUUACCUUAUAUUAUGUAACACCCCUUAUUUUCUAUAGGGAGGUUAAAAACAAAAUACUGUUAGAUGAAAUUUGGUAUUUAUAACUAUGGAAAUUGCCUCAACAAUGCCUAAAAACCAACUGUAUCUAAAGUAUUGAGAUGAUUUUAUACGUGAAAUGGUUGACACCUUUGCAAUGUUAUUAUCAACUGGACAUCAAUCUACAGAACCAUUUCAGCAUUCUCAAGGCAAAAACCUACAUUUUAAUCUGGCAAUAGGUAUCAACAUACCUACCAAAUGAUCCGAUUUAAGAUUUUUGCCUUAAGAAACUGUAAUAUCAUUUUACAAUUAUGUUUCUGUAUAUAAGCGCUAUUUACUUAACGAAAGUGAAGGCCUACAUAGAUGCUUCCAUUAAGUUAUAUAGUUCGGUGCUAGCCCAUUACCUUAGCCUGUUCUGUGCCAACGCAAACUAACACUUCUACCAUAGUGUUAAACACCAGUUUGGCUUGGCGCAGGCAGCUGUCAACGCACUAAUUUACUUUGGAGACUCGAAUAGACUUUGUGAUUGUUAGAUUGUGUUUUUUCUCUCCUUUUAACACUCUCUCUUACUCUCUCUACACAAAUAGACUUGGCCAAUCCCGUUACGGGACGCAAAGUGGGAGUUAACAGUCCUGUCAGUUGAUACAAUUAGUUAUAUAUAUAUAUCUAUGUAUUGUUAACAUUGGUUUUUUACUUGUGUAUUAUUAUUAGAGUAUCCUUACUUUUAGAUUGAAUGUUAUUAAAAUCAAACGCAACAUUGACUGUAUCAAGGUGACAUUUGAUUUUAGUAAAAUCUCAUCCCGAUUCAAGUAGCGAAGCGGUCGCGGACGCGUCGAAUUCAAAACUCAGUAUUUCAGUUUGAGCAUGUGAUAGCGAGUUCGACGCGUUUCCGACCGCCAGGCGGCCCUGAAUCGGGUCUGAACUGUCGACUUUCCUAGGAGGUGCAUAAUAUUGUAUAUUAAACGAGUGUCGAGUCGGAAGGGAGUAACGUUAGCUACUAGUAUAAGUCUCUAUCAACGAGUUAGUGUUAGACUUUACCCACUUGUCAUAAGAGGUAUUACCGCUAGAUUAGGCGCCGAGGCGAAAUGCGCCGUAUUGCGUGCGCAAUAAGAGCCAGGCCGCGCCGGCCGGUGCAGCGUAGAUCGCUCAACUAUUUGUACAGUGUGUAUAUUUUUGUAAAAUUCAUUCUAACUGGUGGCAAUAUUUAAUAAAUGAAAAUUUUUAAAGUCUCUAAUGUUGUAUGUAAACUUAGUACAAUUGUUGUUACUGUGUUUCUUGUAAUUAUGAGUUUUUUUUGUAUACUAAAUGCUUUCUAAAGUAUUAACACGGUGUAAGGGGUGGCCCUACGAAGCUUGGUUGUGAAACAUUUGCUGUCCCUAUCUGAAGCCUCACCUAGACCUAAGGUGACUUUUGCGUGCCAAACGAACUCUGAAAUUAAGCAUUCAAUUCCAACCCUGAGACAUAUAAGUCUUAUAGCUAGUAUAUGUAUAGUAACUACUUUAAAUCUCAAAAAUUAGCUCUAUAUUUCUUUGAUGAACAUUUUGAGUAUUUAAAGUAUUGAAGGAAGGAAUUGAAUGUUCAAUUUUAGAAACCCAGCGCAGGUUGAGAGCAAUGUAAAGUAAUCUCAAGAUAAUAAGCAAUAAAUCUUUAAAAAAUAAACUAUCCGUCGGCCUGUACUCAUUAGUUAACUUCACAACAAAAUGUAGAACUAAAUACUUUUUGUGCUAGUCAUUUCAUUCGUACUUACUGCUUAGGCGCUUUUUCGGCCAUAAUUAGACAGUUUACCGGCCGUUUGCCAUAUUGUCCGGCCAAUCGUAGCGUUUUGUACACCCGAGUUACCGUUAACCAACCGUUAACUAAUUGCUAUAAAGUGCGGCUAUGAAACUGUGGCACUUGGUUAAAAGCGGCCAUUGAAAACCGGGAAACCCAAUUCGUGGAUAAAUAUAUUUUUCAAUCACGUGCGAAGAUUUUCGUUUUGAAAUUUUAUUUGUUUAGUAAUAUUUUUUAUAGCUAUAAUGAAUAAAAUGCGUACAAUGUUCUUGUAGCAUCUUAAAGAAUAUGUUUCAGCGUGUUCCGAACGUAUUAUUGGGGUUCCCGUGUUGAGUCGUGGCUGCAACAGAUGGCGCUGUCUGUAAAAACCACCACAAUGUCGGUUCUACAAAUCCGAGUGCUUAGAGAUCUAAGUUGCAUCGUACAAGUAAUAAAUAAUACUGAAUUCUAUAGUCCCGCCUACCCUCGGUGGGUAAGGCGACGGAGUUGACUUCUAGCUCAAUUUUAUUGAUAAUUAUUAUGUAUUUGUACUCGCUUGUUGAUUACCGUUGAUCCUAAUAUAGUUGUUUUCUUUCUGUAUUAAACUCUGUUGUUGAACGUACAUGUUAGGGAGGACUCACCAACUCGACGAACUCGCAUUUGGACGGUGCUGGGGGCGGCCAACGUCGGCCCAACUUUGGGUCAACGUUGGCUCAACGUUGACGUGUCAAUUAUCGCUCGCUGCCGCCGUACGCGCUUUUAAAGUACAACUUAAUGAUAUUUUGAUUAACCUCUAUUAUUAAUUAUAUAAUAUUAUAGCUUCUGUUGGGCUCGGGCGGUACCUGGGUUCGGUUCUGAAACGCUAGCGGUAACGUGUUUGUACAGUUUUUAACGAUACUUCUCAUAGUGAUGUAAGCAAGAAAUAUUUUUUAGCAUAAUAAGAUCUAAUCGAAUUACAUUUUAGUGUAUGAUAAAGUUAAUCGAGGUUUUUCUAAAAUUUCUUUAACUUUGUACCAUUCUUUGUGCGUUUUUUAUUUAACUUAAGUAACGUAAUGUCUCAUCUGCAACUGACUCCGUGGAAUAUAAUAUAUUAGUAAUUAAUUAAACAGGAAGAAUUUUAAAAUACAACAUUAAUAAUGGUUUAAGUAAUGUAUUAUAAAUAGGAGUAAGGUAAAAAGUUAUUAACAUUGUAUGGAAAAAUUGUGACAAAAUUAUAGUCAUUUGUAAUAUU